GCAGCAGCAGCAGUAGCAGCACUAGCAGCAGCAGCGAUAGUAGCGUAUCCCUAGCAGCGCGCUUCCAUCCGCAGUGUGGUGGCUGUCGCGGUUGCCGAUCGACGGCUGUCCGGACACAGUGAGAGGCGGACGGCGGACGAGUAACCCCCGUUACUAUGGGCAAGAAGCAGCUCGCGAUUCAGGAGAGGCAGAGGAAACGACGGAACAGCCGACACAUGUAGCAUUCGGGCAUCAGUAUAAUGAAGCCGUCCAUGAAAAUGGGAGUGAUCGCCUUGAUAGGGAUCUGCGUAGUCUUUUAUCAAUAUCACCUGUCCACCGGCGUUACCUUCGAUCAAGUAACGGCCUUCAAUGCCGAUACCUCCGCGGACGAUGCUGGGGAUUUGCCGAUCGGCGAGGAGGGUGACAGCAAAACCCCAAGGCUCGCCGAGGAAAUGAUUCGAUACGCCGUGUAUCGAGUACAAAUCACAAACGGCCUGAGUCCAGAAGUAAGCUCGAUGCUCGUGCAGGAGCUUAUCAAUCAGUUAAACAAAAAUGUCUCGGUGGCCUCCAGAAGUAAUCUCAAGUCUUCGCCGCAAUCGCAACCCCCGGAGACGGCGGUGUACAAGCCGGUGACGUCAACUCGUCCGUCGCCGAUCGAGGAAACGUCCGAGGAACCCCUGUACAUCAUCACGCCUACAUAUCGUAGACCCGAACAGAUUCCCGAACUCACGAGGAUGGCCCAUACCUUGAUGCUGGUGAGAAAUGUACACUGGCUCGUCAUCGAAGACGCCACCGUCGCCACCAGCGCAGUCACCGCGUUACUGGAGAGAACGGGCUUAAAGUUCGAUCAUUUAAUCGCCCCGAUGCCGGAGAAAUACAAGCUCAAGAAGGGCGCCAAGCCGCGAGGGGUGUCGAACAGAAAUCGCGGCUUGCAGUGGAUCCGAGCGAACGCCACGAGAGGCGUGUUCUACUUCGCCGACGAUGACAAUACCUACGAUAUCGAACUUUUCGACGAGAUUCGCAAGACGAAGACGGUGUCGAUGUUUCCGGUGGGGCUGUGCACCAAAUUCGGGCUGAGCUCGCCGAUCCUGAAGAACAGCAAGUUCGCCGGGUUCUACGACGGCUGGGUAGCCGGUCGGAAGUUCCCGGUGGACAUGGCCGGGUUCGCCGUGAGCGUGAGAUUCCUGCAUCAGCGGCCGAACGCGACGAUGCCGUUCCGCGCGGGCUACGAGGAGGACGGCUUCCUGAAGAGCCUGGCGCCGUUCGAGCCGCGGGACGCCCAGCUGUUGGCGGACAAUUGCACCAAGGUGCUCGCCUGGCACACGCAAACGAAGAAGAACGAGCCGAGCGCGCCGCUGGACAUGAAGCUUUACGGCGCGACGAAUCUGGUGAAGCUCAAGCAGCAGAUAGUAUGAUGUCGGCCGGGAGGACAACGAAGAUGCUGUGGAACUGCUCGAACCUGAAUCUUGUGUGUUGAUCCCGCCACCUCCCCCCUCCUUCGCACUAGUUCAUCGGUGUCACUCCAGGGGAAUUCCUAGGUGCGGAAAACUGUGCGAUUCAGUGCCUAAAAGUAUAUAUCUACCCUCUCUCCCAUGAUGAGAGAGAGCGGGGGAAAAAAAACCGUUAAUUACCUUUAAGCGUAGCCGAUAAAACGAAUCGUUUUUUUAUCAGUUUUUACACACAUAUCCACAUACACACACACAUACACACACACAUUCGCAACAAGUAGCUCGCCUCAAAGGCGGUCCGCCCUUGCCUCUGAGAAAGGAUACCGCAACGGAGAGAAAGGAUUUAAAGUAGGAUCCCUGAGGCAACGCUAGUCGACCGCAACGACUCGACGACAGUUCGGUGACAAAAUUUUUACGCGUAGAGUUCGAAACCGUCUAUUUGCACCUUUACUUUUUGGCAUUUGGCGUGCUGCACGAAACGCGAAAAGAAAGGUGAACAAAUUCCUUUCUUGAUACUAAUCGACACAUAGUGGGAUAGUGUCGUUCGUCCGUUAGUCCGAAAAAAUCACGCGGUUUCGAAAUAUCUCUAAACGCAUGUAAGAAGAGUACGCGCACCAUGUAGAUCCAACGACCAAAGAAAGCAAACGAGUCACCUGCUGUAUAAUGUUAAUAAGCUCUUACACUUACUUUAUUCUACCCGAGGGAUACACGUCUCAAAUUCUACAAGUAGAUACUCUAUUAUAUUCCAAUUCUAUUCCAUUCUAUUCCAUAUAGCGAGGUUCAUUCCUAAACUUGUCUCUAGUACGACGCGAGAUCAAAGAUGAUUCGAUUAAAGAGUAGAAAUGUCGCUGGGCGAUUUCACGCUGAUUGAUCUUCUGAAUAGUGAACCCGACUCGUUGCACGUUAAUCUAAUUACAAAGUAUGUCCAACGAUCGUCGUUCAAUCCUGCCCCGCCUCUUUACGCGAUUAGCAAGCAUAGGCAAUCACGAGGAUAAAUAAUUAGAGCGAGUCUUUAAUAAGAAUUCCUCGUAGCUCCGAAAGAUUCCGAGAAAGAGAAGAUAAAUGUUUAAAAGUCGAAGCACCGAAAAAAAUCGAAGUUUAGUCUUAAGCUUUGUCGCCAAUUAUGCAAAGUUAUUAGUUUACGCGGAAAUUUCCGCGAUUAAAAUAUGAAAAUUUCGAUAAAUAUACCGAGAAAUAUUAAAUUGAAGUGCACAAUUGAGAUAUCUUUGACUUAUUUAGCUCUCUGCAUGAAUCAGCAUAAAUUAGCGUUUUAAAAACACCAAAUAUGCAGCGUUAUAACUUAGCCCAAACAAAUUUUUCGAUUUUUUAAGAGAAUAUAAAAUUGAUUUUAUGACUGAAUAUAUCGAGGAAUGCCUAAAACGUUCGCCGAAACAAGCAUUCUCUCUUGUAUUUGACUGAAAUACUUUUAGAUCUUGAGUUGCGCUUCAUUUCGAUUUAACACAUUAAGCGCCGAGUUGAUCGUGCUAAUAUUUUUCUGUUUGUGCCACCAUCAGUUUGCAGUAUCGCUGAUAUUUUAUUUAUAGUACUAAGUUAUUUAAAUUAAAAUUGUUAAUAACAAGCUAUUACGUCCUACAUUUUUUACUGACAGUCAUUGAUAAUCAAACAGAAAGUUUACUCACUUAUCACGACGCUUAUUGUCGUUAAUUGUGUAAUCCAUUUUUUUCAUCGCAAUACCGAUCGCAAGAUCAUACACAAAAUAGCGAAUUAUAAUCAAAUAGACAAGCGUUUCCGUUAUCAAUGUACUUGCGUGCGUGUGCGUAGGAGAUAUGUACUUCCUAGAAAGGAAUAUAAUAUUCAAAGUUAUACGUUUGAUUCUUCUUGCACAAUAUACUUCGCGCGAAUUAGUAGUAUUAAAAAAGAAGCUAGGAAAUAAGAAAGGGGUGUGCACUGAGUGCGGAAUCCAAAGAAUAUGAUUUCGAUUGUCUGUCGACGGCAUCGUCAGUCGAGAUAUCGAAAUACGAUUGUACAGCGGAACUUUGAAUAAUUACAAAUAUUUUCAUUACUACAACAUAUCGCUACAAAAAUUCGAGCUAAUUCGUUAAAAAAUCGUUAGAUUAAAAUAUAUCAUUUUACGUAAUCUCUUGUAACUUUAUUCUUAUACAAAUAUUUUCCAUAUCAUUAAAAUUUGUUAAAUUAUUGUUAAAAUUGUUCAAGUGGAAAAUGGCGUAAUGACUUUUAAUUAAAUUAUAUAUUUAAAAAAGUUAUUAUUUAAAUAAUAAUUAAAUAAUAAUUAUAUAAAGUAAUAUUUAAUCGUAGAUCAUUAUCAAUUAGCUUAAUUAGUUCGAACAUUAAUGAGUUCUGCUGUACGAACGCUUGAAAGACUGUGGAAAAAAUAACACGAAAAGUUUGUCAAACUUCACAUCUUUGUAGUUAUAUAUCUAGAAGUACUCUCGACAGUAACACUCUGUCUUUAUAAAAUCGAUAUAUCGAAAAAUUUCGUGUCAUGAGUUAGAGAUCAGGGUGCUAAUUUCUUAAAAUAUUUUCUUAAGGAUUUCCCAAUAAUUUCUUGCGAUAUUCUAAUUUCCAAAAGUGCUCUACUUCAUCUACUUUUAUCUAGCAUGUGACGCUUUAUAGCGAUAGAUAUAUAAUUCCAGCGUGUGGGUGAUAAUAAUUUAUCGCUAUUACGUUUUAUAAGGUAUAGUCGCUAUGACACCAAAACAACUAUAACAUAUAUGCAUAAUGUAUCUAUAGGAUAAUCGCACUAUUUAGAAAUUGAUCAAAUGUCGAAAGCGAGAUGGCAUUAGAUUUUUCCCAUUACAUAUCCUGCCGGAAUGUGCGAAGAUUUGUGUACAGAAAAUACGCUAUUUACGUUUCAGAUUCAUUUAUAUACGGAUACGGUCCGCAAUAAACUUACGACAAGCAAUAUGUGCGAUUCUCGCGCAGUUAGAUUGUAGAGAGAAAGAAGAGAAAGAAAGAGAGAGAGAGAGAGAGAGAGAGAGAGAGAGAGAGAGAGAGAGAGAGAGAGAGAGAGAGAGAGAGAGAGAACAUGAGCGAACGAAAGUGCGAGAGAGAAAGAGAAAGAGAGGUAGGUGAACGAUUUUAUCCUUGUUUUAUUGGAAUAUGUAGGAAGUAAGACGUCCUUAGUUUUAAUUCUGAAAAAUCCUAGAGAGUACUUAGCGCGUUGAUUCGAGACCGUUUGUGAUAUACGAUUAUAUUGUUUUAUAGAAUCGGUUUCACGUGAUGUAGGCGCGUGAUAAAGACGCCCCCUCCCACCGCGAGUGAUGCUCAAAUUUCCGGCAAUCCAGAGGCUGAGUGUACACGCGUAAGCCGGAAGUUGUACAUACAUACAAAAUCUUUAUUUCUAAACAAACUAAUCUUUUGUUACAUGUAUAUUCAUGUCACACCCAGAUCCGAAAGGAUUCGACAGGAUUGCAGAGCAUUUUUUCAUGGAGUAAGAAUUAGAGUGCACACACAUCCCCCCUCCCAGCCCGCCAUUUUCUACUAUUACAAUAUAAAAAUUGUUCAAUGGUUUAUUCUUUCAAUUUAGUAUAUUUGCAAAUCCGGAGACUUAAAAUCGUUCCGAUGCGUGUAAUACUCUUGUUUUUUAUUUUUAAUGGAAUUUACUUUUGAGACUAUUUUUGUAUCAGGCCUGAUUUUUUCAAUAUACUGUUCUUCGCUAUAAAUAAAUAAAGAAGUUUAGAAUAAGCGUGAGGAAGAUUCGCAGAUUGCAUCUCGGUACCUUUUACUAUACUGUUACGCGCAACAUUUAUAUUCAAUAAGAAAACGAUAACACGGCAAGAUGAUACGAAGGGGCGUAAUAAAAAUAAGAAGUAUGAAAAGUUUUCAAAGUCAAACCAGCGAUCGAACACGUUUAAUAUAUUGUGCGCUGACGUUGAUAUACACCAUGAAAUUACAAAUCGACAAGCCAUUGCUGUACAAAACAUCUAGCAAAUUUGCCACAAGUUUCAGUUGUGAACAAUAAAUAAACUAUUGUUCGAAAU